UGACUAAAUCCAAGGCACUGAACUCGGAGCAAAAAUGUCGUCCAGCAGAGUUGAACCUGCAGCCCAGAGCCCGCUGCUGUCCUCCAGCUUCUGUUUCAGUCCCUGGUCCUGUGUGUGUGCCAAGUCCUGGUCCACGGCCGUCUGGACCGGCGUCCCCGACCUGCUGCCUGCUGCCACGGGAGGCUCCGCCCCCGAACCUUGGCUCCUCCCCGGCUGCAGCUCCGUCUACGACAGCCUGGUCAGCAGCCCGUCUCCCGUCCCGUCUCCUCCUGCUGCCGGUGGUCUGAGAGGACGGGAGCGAGCCGCCGGCAGCAAAACGCGCAGGCCGUCCAUCUUGGAGCGCUGCAUCCUGAAAGUGUCCACCAGCAGUGUGGCCGUGGGGACGGACGACGUGGACAAUAGGAGGUCCUCGUACGGACGCUGCUACGCCCGCCUGCCGGACCCGGCCAACACCGAAACCAAUGGGGCGGUUCUGAAGAGGCGGCAAAAACAGAUCCAGUACGGCAAGAACACCAGCGGCUACCAGAACUACCUGCAGCAGGUCCCCAAACACCUGAGGGACCUGAAGCUCCACCCCUCCACGCCCAACAAGUACAGGAAGUACAGCCGGCGCUCCUGGGACAUGCAGGUGCGCCUGUGGAGGCGGGCUCUGCACCUGUGGGACCCCCCGAGCAGCGACCAAUCAGACGCCGCCGGCACACCUGACCCCGUGGAGCAGCUGCAGAACCAGUUGGCGAGGAUGACGUCGGACCUGUGUGAGGAAGGAGGAGACGAGCAGAGAGAAAAGGAGACUCCUGCAGCCUCCAAAGCCUCCUCAGCGUCUCCUCCGUCCCUGGAGGUGGCUGGACUCUGGACCGGCCCACCAUCUUCGCAGUGGGACUCGAGCCACCGGCCUCGUCGCUCUCCUCCCGGCCUGAGUUUGUCCCACAGAGGUCAGCUGGCCCCCGACACCAACAUGGAUGACUGGCUGCGCUCCCUGAUGGAGACAGACCCCGCCCCAGAUCUCUGUUCUGAUGACCAGCAGGUCCCGGUGUUUGCAGACCAGCUUUUCUGGAACCCGUACUGAUGGCCUGAACCCGGUUCUUCUUGUUGUUGGAGGAACUCUGCAUGACUUAGGAAUCUGAUCCUGUUUGUGGCUUUUGAUGCUCUGGUUCUUUGUACGAUCACCAACUGCAUGGACAAUACGGGUCCCUGAUCUGAGCCUCGUCCUCCUGCAGGAUGUCCUGCAGGAGGACGAGGGUGGGACAGCUGGACGCUCGGGACGUUCUCCCUUUUUAAUUUCCUGUUGGAUGAGGCACCUGUCACAGUCUGGUUUGAGUCCUGCACCGAGAAGUUCACCAGGUUGUCCUGAAUCCUGUUUCACUCCAGUUCUGGUUCUGAUUUUUGGUCCACCUUCAACUUCGUCCAUUGCUGUCCGGAUCAGGCGGCUCCUCGUAGGUUCUGGACACCAGAGCUCCUGAUCUGAGGCCCACUGUGUUGUCGUGGGUUUCUUUUUUACUUUUUGUGCUGCUUUAUUAUUGAAAUAGA